AUGAAGUCAUUCCUUGACUCAAUUGCUGUCCCCACGAUCCAACAAGAGGACCUAGAUAUACUAGAUGCACCCAUCUCGUUACAGGAAGUAAUACGCACAAUCAAAUCUCUCCCAGGUAGUAAAUCCCCUGGUCCGGAUGGCCUUUCGUCCAAAUUUUAUCAACUUUUAACUGGUAAAGUCAGCCCUCAUUUACUCAAACUCUUUCAGUCUAUAGACCAAAGUCUUUCUUUCACCCAGCCUCUAUUAGAAGCCAUGAUUACAGUAAUCCCUAAACCUGAUAAACCUAAGGACAACGUAGGCAGUUAUAGGCCAAUCUCCUUAAUAAACGUUGACAUCAAGAUCUAUGCUAAGAUCCUAGCAAAUCGCCUUAAUCCUAUCCUUCCGAAAGUCAUACAUCCAGAACAGGCUGGAUUCAUCAGGGGCCACAAUGCAAAAACAGAAGAUACCAUCCAGCACCCAGGUCACUGCAUGCCACAUAGGAAUACCACCACACCGUACCAUAAAUACCAAAACAUUCCAAAUAAUGUGGCAGCAAAUGUGAAGUCAAACAGAUUUCUCCUUGAGAAACAGGCAAGUGAACUUGUUCAUUUGGAUCAUUUGCUGAUGGCAGAAGAAAUACAUCGGAUCUGGGAAUUCUACGAUUGCUAUAAAGUUCUCUCAAAAGGAAAUUUAAAAGAAAAUCUCACAAAUCUCAUUGAAGGUUCCCAUAAUAAAGAUAAACCAGAUAUUAAACAGAAGCUUUGCAGUGGGCAGAACGACAUGUGCUGGGAGUGGGCAAAACUUCAAGAGGAUUUGGUGAUUAUGCACAACACUGCCCAUCAGACUCUGCAACAGAAACAUCAAGAAGAGGUUAAAACUCUGUGUCUGGAUGCUGGUGCAGUGAUCCCUGGGAAUUAUUUGUACAGAGAUACUGAAGGCGCCAUUGUACAGCUUGCACGAGAUAUGCAAACAGUCUAUGUGUGUGACGCACAGGAAGCUUCUUCAGUAGAAGCUCCAGUGCGGUCAGACGAUAAAGACAUUCAGGAUAUGCUUCUGAGAACAAUAGCGGGCAAGCUGGUGAGACAAGAGCUAUUAAUGCAGAUUCGUACCUACACACUACUUGAUGCUUACAAUAAACUUCAGGUUGACAACUGUGUUGGGGAAGUUCAGAAAAUACUAAAGAACAUUCAGUCGUGCUCAGGAAAGGCAGCUGCUGAAGAGACGGCUAAAGCAAUGGAACAGCGACAAAUAGAGAAACUUGUUGCUUUCUUUAAAAAGUCCCAUAAUGAAGAAGAGAUGCAGGGCGUACAGUUGUCCUUGAGUGACAUGAAACAGCAGAUUAAAGAGGAACAUUAUACAUUAACUGAGCAGCUGUUGCAAGUUAAAGACAAGAUACUGUUGCAAGAACUGAUGAAGUCAGGAAGUCGUAACAUGGAUCAUGUAGUCUGCUGCGUACUCUCACAGACGCACCUGCGCCAGAUGGUUGUGCUCCUACAGCAAGCGUUCAAGGCUCAAACACACAAUAAGGAGACGUGGUCACAUGGAACAAGGCUGUAUGAGGAUACAAUGGGACAUUGUCAAGAAGACAUCUUGAAUUUGCUGAAGAAUAAGUCAGAAGCUAUAGAGUCACUGCUGGACUUACAUCACAUCGUACAAAAGAUGCAGCUGCGAGAACAUCAGUUGGAGGAAAUAGCCAGUGGGUUAAAAGAAUAUUGCUGUGAUAAGGUCCAUAUUCUUUCCUGUGUAGAAGAAGCUCUGUAUUUGGCAACUGAACUUCGCACAUUCAGGGAGCAGAAACUGAAAAAACUCAGAGAAGACCUGAACUAUAUAUGUGAAGCAAGUAAAAAGCCAAAAUCCCUGUCACUGGUACCAAAUGAAGAGAAGGCGACAGAAGACACAACAUUUAUAAAGGAUUGCCAAGAAAAACAAGCAGAGCUGGAGCAAGUCUACAGGAAGCAGAUGUCAGAGGAGAGGUUGAAACUACAAGACCAGUUAGAACGAGGAGAGCUCAGUGGUUUGCUGAAACAGAAACUCAUUAAGGAACAUGACGAAACUGUAGCGUUCUUGGAAAAGACACUUCAGCGAGACCUUGAUAAGCUCAGUAUAAAACUAGAAGAGGAGCAAAAGAGGAAAAAGACAUUCCUAAAAAAUCUGAGUAUCAGCUCCACUUCAGGAAGACUUAGCGCUCAGAGUAGCGCUGAGCAGGAUAUACUCACAUUAUUAACAGAGAAUAUUCGUGUUCUCCAGCAAGCGGAACAAGUCACAGCAUUAAGAAUCACAUAUUUGUCCUCUCAACCAUUUUCCGGUAAUUUCCCAGAUAAAGGAAAUAAAUUCCGAGAUCUUAUGGAUUUACAGCUAACAAAAAAGGGAGAGCUAACCGUUGUGCACCUAGCGGAACUAACAGCAAGAGAGUUUGUGGUUUACCAGUACGGUAUCUAUAUCCUGCAACUUCUUACGUCCCAUAACUAUACUCCAGAAAUAAACUUGCACAUUGCCUCUUGUAUUCCUGAGAGCAGUUACAGAGGGAAUGGAUUUCGCAAUUCUUUUUUUUACCAGAAUUCAGAGCGCUGUCUGUUUGUUUCCCGGGAGUAUUUGCAGUCUGACGGCAGCUUCAUUCUGCUGCUAGUGCACUGCAUAAGUCACAUUGUUGUGCAGGACCUCAGAGACGACACAAACCCCACCUUCCUCAGGACAUUUUAUCAGGCCCUGAAGAUUUGCCUCAGCGACGGCUUCUUUUCAUCUAUUUCCCAAGAUGCAACAACCAGUUUACACCUUCAGGAUUUGUUUCUGAACAGAGAAUCAUUUCUUACAAAACAAUCAGAUCUCAACUCUCAUUUAUUAAGGCUGAAAAUGAAUUCAGAUCCUUUGAAGAAAGCCAGAGAGAUGUUGUCUCAACACAAUAUUGAGCUUUUACUGCAAAAUAAACUGUCUAUGAAGAAGAGAAAAUCUUUCAUGCUGAGCUUCAUGGGAAACAGCAGGCACGUUAAUAAUGAACCGGGGACAAAACUGCAUUUCAAGGAUUGUGUCAGUAUUGAAGAUCUGGAGGAGGAAUUGGACCAGCUAAAUUCUGAAUUAGCAAACAUUUUGGAAAAAGAAAUGGAGUCACAAAUUGAUUAUAAUGAUGAAGGGAUAUAUUCUCUUCAGAUGAUGUCACUGGAAAAAGAAUGUCUGAGAACAAAGAUACAAUAUCUGGAAGACAAAAUAACUGAACAGAACAUGGUAUGAUUAAUCCCCAACUCUAAACUUCACUGACUCCUAAAUCUGAAUGAUUAGAAAAUAUCUUGUUUGUGUGGUUAAGCA